AUGUCGACGAAGAAAGGCGACGAGGGAGGCAAGUCGGCCGCAGCUCCCACGCAGACCGUGGGGCCGGACUACCGACCAGACAGCCAGAAGCCCAAGGCCACAGUGUCCAAGGAGCCCACGCAGCAGAAUGUGACCGUCCUGAACCAGACGCCCCAGCUCAUUGCCCUGCUCACUAAGAUCCGCGACAAGUCCACCGACCGGGGCGACUUCAUCUUCUACUCGAACCGCAUCAUCAGGCUGCUCGUGGAGGAGGGGCUGAACCACCUGCCCACCACGCAACACACCGUCGUGACACCCACGAACCAGCACUAUGACGGCCUCGCGUUCCAGGGCAAGAUCUGCGGCGUGUCUAUCAUGCGGGCCGGAGAGUCCAUGGAGCAGGGGCUGCGGGAGUGCUGCCGCUCAGUCCGCAUCGGCAAGAUCCUGAUCCAGCGCGACGAGGAGACCGCCCAGCCGAAGCUGUUUUACUCCAAGCUGCCUGAGGACAUUGCUGAUCGCUGGGUGCUGCUUCUGGAUCCCAUGUUCGCAACUGGCGGCUCCGCGACAAUGGCCGUGGAGGUGCUCAAGGAGCGCGGCGUCCCCGAGGACAGGAUCUUGUUCCUGAAUCUCAUCUCCAGCCCUGAGGGCACCGAGAGGUUCUCGGCCAAGUUCCCUAAAUUGCACGUUAUCACCGCAUUUAUUGACCAGGGACUCGAUGAAAAGAACUAUAUUGUUCCAGGGUUGGGCGAUUUCGGCGAUAGAUUCUUCACCAUGUAG